AUGGUUCUCAGAGACUAUAAUAAUAAUGAAGAAGAAGAAGAAGAAGAAGAAGAAGAAGAAGAAGAAGAAGAAGAAGAAGAAGAAGAAGAAGAAGAAGAAGAAGAAGAAGAAGAAGAAGAAGAAGAAGAAGAAGAAGAAGAAGAAGAAGAAGAAGAAGAAGAAGAAGAAGAAGAAGAAGAAGAAGAAGAAGAAGAAGAAGAAGAAGAAGAAGAAGAAGAAGAAGAAGAAGAAGAAGAAGAAGAAGAAGAAGAAGAAGAAGAAGAAGAAGAAGAAGAAGAAGAAGAAGAAGAAGAAGAAGAAGAAGAAGAAGAAGAAGAAGAAGAAGAAGAAGAAGAAGAAGAAGAAGAAGAAGAAGAAGAAGAAGAAGAAGAAGAAGAAGAAGAAGAAGAAGAAGAAGAAGAAGAAGAAGAAGAAGAAGAAGAAGAAGAAGAAGAAGAAGAAGAAGAAGAAGAAGAAGAAGAAGAAGAAGAAGAAGAAGAAGAAGAAGAAGAAGAAGAAGAAGAAGAAGAAGAAGAAGAAGAAGAAGAAGAAGAAGAAGAAGAAGAAGAAGAAGAAGAAGAAGAAGAAGAAGAAGAAGAAGAAGAAGAAGAAGAAGAAGAAGAAGAAGAAGAAGAAGAAGAAGAAGAAGAAGAAGAAGAAGAAGAAGAAGAAGAAGAAGAAGAAGAAGAAGAAGAAGAAGAAGAAGAAGAAGAAGAAGAAGAAGAAGAAGAAGAAGAAGAAGAAGAAGAAGAAGAAGAAGAAGAAGAAGAAGAAGAAGAAGAAGAAGAAGAAGAAGAAGAAGAAGAAGAAGAAGAAGAAGAAGAAGAAGAAGAAGAAGAAGAAGAAGAAGAAGAAGAAGAAGAAGAAGAAGAAGAAGAAGAAGAAGAAGAAGAAGAAGAAGAAGAAGAAGAAGAAGAAGAAGAAGAAGAAGAAGAAGAAGAAGAAGAAGAAGAAGAAGAAGAAGAAGAAGAAGAAGAAGAAGAAGAAGAAGAAGAAGAAGAAGAAGAAGAAGAAGAAGAAGAAGAAGAAGAAGAAGAAGAAGAAGAAGAAGAAGAAGAAGAAGAAGAAGAAGAAGAAGAAGAAGAAGAAGAAGAAGAAGAAGAAGAAUUAACAAUAUUAAUCUUUAAGAUAUUUAUGGAAAUAAUUAAAUCAAAAGACUAA